UUAUUUUCGAGACAUCUCGUAUAAAAUACAUUUCGCUAUAAAAUUUGUUUCAAUUUAAUUUUUUUUUUCCGAUUGGUUUCAAGCGCGCCACAACGGGAAUAGGACGACGCACAUCCAUUGUCAAUCAAAUUUGAACGAGUUUGACUCUCUUAGAAAUAUUAAUUUAUGCUGAGGAUUGGAAACGUUGUUUUCAUUUUCUGAAGCCUAUUUUCAAGACCGCAUACGUCCAUGACGGAGCGAUCGCCGAUCUAAGGUAUUUGUAUAACGGUAAAUUCUCAGUUCCUUGACGGACAGAAAACAGAUACCCCGCCAAGAAAGCAGCCUUGCCUUUUUGAUGUAAUUGGACCAUGUCAAGACCAGCUUCUGAUUCUGCCUCGAUAGGACGCCAGAGAAAAUAAUUGUUGUUAAUGCGAUAGCAAAUGCAGUGCAUCUGGAGAGUCGAUCGUCGCCUCACAGUCAUACUAAGCAACGAACGCUAGCGGAACGAUCGUUAACUGUCGCCGGAAAGUUAAAGCGGUCGAGAGCGCCAGAUAUCCGACCGGACACGCGACGGCCAUCUUGGUUGAAAUUCUUUGGCUCGGGCGCGGCGUGUCGGUCGAUAAGCGAAGAUUUUCCUUUUAUUUGAGAAUGGGUAAAAAGCAAAGUAAAAAGCUUGACCCUGAGGUCUUGGGUGAUCUCCUGAAGAACACAAAGUUUGAAGAAAAAGAACUUAAGUCUUGGUACAAAGGCUUCCUAAAAGAUUGUCCGAGUGGUUACUUGACGAAACAACAAUUUAUAGAAAUGUACAAGAAAGUAUUCGACAAAGGAGAUGCUUCAAGACUUGCCGCUUGUGUGUUUCGGCGCUUUGAUGUGAACGGCGACGGAAAAAUUGACUUCCGUGAAUUUAUGUGCUCUCUCUCCGUGUCGACUCGAGGAACAAUGGAGCAAAAGCUUCGUUGGGCGUUCAGUAUUUACGACGUGAAUGGGGACGGGCAUAUAACGAAACAAGAAAUGUUCCGGAUCGUGGACGCAUUAUACAAAACGAUGGGCGAUAAUCCGGAAGAAACCGAAGGCAUUCCGAACUGGGACGAACUUACUCCCGAGGAGCGCACGCUUAAAGUUUUUCACAACUUUGAUCAGAACAGGGACGGUGUUUUAUCUUUGUCUGAAUUUAUCGAGGGAGCCAUGCGCGAUAAAACCCUCGCGCUCAUUUUGGAACAAGGAGCAGAGAGGACAUGAAGGAGUGGCUGUUAGAAAGAUGUUUUUACGAACAGAAGACGCACUUAAUUGCCUUACUCGGGCUGUUAUUAGAUACUCUGACAUUUUCUUCGAAUAUAGAUAGUUUGAAGUACGUGUUUAUACUAUUAAGAACUUACACGUAGCUUUUCAUGUGGUUUGGCACCGAGGAUUUGAUGUUUCCUUCUUAAAACUUCCUCUGCAGGCCUGCAGGUCGCUGCAGUGCUCAAUAUUUAGUGAGCCGGUGGUGAUGUCUUUAUACGAGAGGGGAAUUUAUUGUUUAUCAAGAAGAGAUGGUCUUUCGUGAGGGUGGCAAAGAAUUUAUACUUGACGUGUUAUUACGGCCAAAAUAAUGUAAUGCGUGAAUUUUAUCAAAAGGUAAGAGUGAUUCGUGAAUUUACGAAGUAGAGUGCAUGAUGCGUGAAUUCCUUCAUCAAAUAUGCGUGACCGGUGAGUUUUUGGAGAUUUGGAUGUUUCCCUUUUAAAUUCGGUACGCAUGAAAUGCUAUCGUACGUGGUACGUGAUACGUGAAUUUUUCUACAACUUCGUGUAUCAAAAAUUGCUCUCCCCUAUCGUUGGUAAUUUGGUACUUUUAAGCGAAUUAUUUGCUUUGUGUUCAAAGGCAAAUUAAACAAAUUAAACUCGAAACGGUCUCUAUCUACGGCGAGAACAAAAAAAUUUAUAUUUAGUUUCACAAGAUGAACCACUGAUGUAAAAUUUAUUAUAGCUUGCGAACAGGCGUUUUUUUGUCGCCCGCGAGAAGUUAUGAGGUCUGAGGUACGUGAACCGGCGAGAUCAUAGGUCCGUAAGGGAACCAGCACUGAAAAUGAGGCACUCCUGGCAAACUUCUACCCGGCUCGCAUCAAAUCUUCCCAUGGGCGCAGAAAGGUGCGCCCAGUAAAAAUGAGGGCAUGCUUGCAAGUAGUCUCGUACCCAGACCCGUUCUCGGCCAAGCGGUAGGAUCUGGGAACGAGAUUAGAUCGCAGGCUAAUUUAUCCUAAACGUAUUCGCUGAGGAGACCUUACUUCUCCAUAGCUGCCUUUAACCUUAAGAAGCACUAUGUGCUCCAGGAUAUCUCUGCCAUUUAACACUGAUUUAAAGUUUAAAAAACUGUCCUCCAACGUACUUAAAAUCAGAUUGUGCACACUUGCCUAGCAGCCUGGCCUCUAACUUUUGAAGUAACAAAACCCCGCUGCCCCGCUGCUUCUCAAGUCAUCAAGACUUCACUAUUUGAGCCAAGGAUGCCUUAUUUUGUAGCUCUUGUUGGUUAGGAUAGGGCACCUUAAGAAAAAAAAAAAA